ACGACGGCUCGUACUGCAUGCCUUGCUACCUUUCCUGGACCAGAAUCACUCAAAUGUAGCAAUGGAGAGACCGGGACUCGCGCAAGGUGUUUGCGAAAAUUUGCAGCAGAUAGCUAGGCACUGCUUCGCCAGAACACGGCCAUGGAUUUCAGCAGCAUAUCCACGAUUCUGAACGACUCUACUGACGGGCAUAAAAAGGAGGUCAUUGUUCUUUCACCGACAUCGCAAUUUGAAGAUGCUUCCUGUGUUUGUACUAGUAGUCGGGAUUCAAUGGCCUCUGGUUCUGCCCUCCAAUCUUUCCUUGAUCACAUCUCCAUCGACCCCAUUACAAACUUCCUCAACACCUCUGUAUUGGAGCUGAAACUCGAUGAUUGCAUCCAAGAUGCAAUCAGAUCUUUGUAUGAAAGAAAUGUCUUUGGCGCACCCAUUGUUAAUUCCGUGUCGUCGGAUCGGGGUAAUUUUAUUGACCGCGAUAUCGGGUUCAUUGAGUUUUCCAGCAUGGUCCUGUGGUCGCUCGAGGAGUUUGAUAAAGCCAGUGCUGAAUCAAAGAGUGACAGCCAUGGUUUUCUCUCGAUGUUGGAACAAAUUUCACAGAUUGGACAGACUAAGGUUGGUGAGCUCGCCAAGUUUUUCCUAUGGGAGCCCUUUUUUCCCGCUAGCCCUGGUGAUUCUCUCCUUCGAGUCUUAUUACUCUUCUCCAAACAUAGAAGGCUGAAGGUUGUACCAGUUGUAGAAUCAUCGAACUCUUGUGUUGUCAGCUUUAUCACCCAGAAUGCAGUAUUACAGCUGCUUCUUCAGUCGAGUGGACUAGAUUGGUUUGAUCAAAUUGCAGACAUGCCAAUUUCUGAUUUUGGAUUUGAAAAGAAUCGUGCUCUUGUAUGCAUAUUUGGUGAUCAAACAGUUGCAGACGCAUUGCAUAUUCUUUGGGAAAAUCAUUUUGAUGCAGUCCCUGUGAUCGGAAGAGUGACAAAAACUUUGAUUGGAUUUGUGAGGAGAAGUGACAUUUACCUUCUCCUGGAGGAUGAUGAACUAUACCAAAAUAGAAAGAGUUUCAAGGUUGGAGACUUCAUCAAAUCUUACACCAGAAGAACUAUCCCGGAUUCCGAUUCAUCAAUCAAUGAAGAAAGUAGUACACUUCAAGUGUCCUCUGCUCCCCUUCUCUUGAAGAACAACCAACUUCCUCCAAUGGAUACUCCAACAACAAACCUCUCCUCUGAUUCCCUCAAACAUGUAAUGCAGGAUAUGCUGGAAUCAAAAAGCGAGUGCUCCUUCGUGGUUACAGAAUCAGGCCAGCUACAGAGUGUGAUCACACUUAGAGAUAUUAUGUCCAAGUUCUCUCCUCCAUCCAUGGAUGCCACGAUUGAUGGAGGCGGCUUCUUCCAGUCAGCUCUAGAGCAAUCUGGCUGCCAUGUGGAAGAUGGAGUAAUGGUUCGUGACAAACAUUAGCUUUUAUGGCAACAGUUCCAGUUUAUCUGGCAGAGGAUCCAGACCGGUUUAGAAUCUGUUGGAAAAUGUAAGUUAUUUAGGUUUGAACUGAAGAUUAUAAGCAUGCAUUGUGUGUAAAAAAGGCAAUGAAUUUGCAUCUCUCCAAGCAAUACUGAUGUCUUUGCUUAA